AUGCCCGCCCUAUCCUCAAUAGUCAUCGAUGCACCGUCCGACCAGGUCUGGGAUGUCCUCAUCGACUUCGAUCACUGGAAAGAUUGGAAUACCUGGUUCUCAUCGAUUCAUAGCCAUGACCCCAAUCCGGCAGUGGGAACUAAAAUCACUUUUACAAACAAAACGUCCGAGACCGCCAAACCGGGUACCUACAAUGCUCACAUGGUCACGUGGGAACCAAAGAAGGAAUUCGCCUGGAAAGGAGGGCCCAUGCCCACCAGCUUGUCAUGGGUUCUUAGAGGUCACCACUGGUUUAUUCUCGUGCCCCAAGAGGGAGGGAAGACGAGAUUUGACCAUGGGGAGCGCAUUGAAGGCAUGUUGAAAUUCCUGGUGCCAAAUUCAAUGGUCCAGGAUUUGAUCAAGAUGAUCAACAAGUUCAAUGGCGAGUUGAAGCGAAGAGUCGAGCAGGGGAAGAGGUAG